AUGUCUUCAACUAGUAGUACUAUUCACACAAAACUCGUGUCGCUCAUAAGCCGAGGUCAGGAAUUGACCAGCAUUUUCUUUUAUGUUCCUGUAAAAGAAAAGUGCCACUUAGAGGACACGCUUUCUUCAGCCACUUGGGGUCUGCCUUUGGUGAUCUGGCGUUCGGAUAGGACAGUGAUACUAAAUGGAUUUCUCGGCGAGGGACUGCUGGUGCUGGCCUGUCUUCAAGGAGUCCAUUGGAGGGCUUUUCUGGGCAGCCUAUCAAGGAGUUUAAAGAACCUAAGACAGGCCAGAGUACUUAUUGAGUUUAUGGAGGAGAGGAAUGCAAAUCUUGUGUAUCAAGUGCUAUAUUUUUGUCUAAGCCAGGAUAUGAUUAAUGUUAAUGUUAUUUUUAACGAUUUUGAGGAGACCCAAAUGGUGAGCAGCUUUGAGGCCUAUCCGGAGUUUGAAAUGGUGAACCAAACUUUUACAGAGGACACCCAAGUUAGUGACCUGUAUCCAAAUAAGAUGGUAGACCUACGAGGCGGUAGUAUCCGUACCAUGCCGGACUACUCAGAGCCAAAUACAAUUCUCUACCAAGACAAGUGGGGCAACAAGAAGAUACUGGGCUACUUGUGGGACAUCUUGGAGGCCUAUGCCCGAAAACACAAUGCCCAGCUGCAAGUGGUCAAUAAGUAUGCGGAUGGCAGGACCCUUAACUAUAUAGAAGUCCUAGAUGUGGCCCAAAACGGUCUUAUAGAUAUUGCAGCCAGCAUACAGCCCAUGUCUAUGGGUGCCCUAGAUCGCGUUCACGAGGUGUCCUAUCCGGUGAGUCAGGCCAGCUGGUGCACCAUGUUGCCGGUGGAGAGGCAACUCGAUGUGUCCGAGUUGCUAUCCCGAGUGCUGCCUUAUACAACGUUUGCUCUGCUGAUUUUUCUCUGGAUUAUUUACGAGGUGCUGAAAGGACGAUGGAGACGUUAUCAGAGGCUCCAGAGGAUUGGCUGGCUGGUACUAGCCACAUUGGUUACUUCUUACUAUUUAGGCAAACUAUUCACUCUCUUCGCAGAUCCUCCAUCCUUACCACCCAUUGAUAACCUAGCCGCUUUGAUAGAAUCUCCAGUGCGUAUAAUCACUACAAGAUCUGAGUACUCUACCAUUCAGUUCACCCAGCGCACCAAAUACUCUGGUGCAUUCCGUUUGGUCUUAAAAAGCUCUACACUCAUUGGCUUACGCAAUGGCCUGAACACUUCCUAUGGCUAUACAGUAACCAGUGAAAAAUGGAAAAUGUACAAGGAGCAGCAGAAGCGUAGCUCCAGGCCCUUGUUUCGGUACUCCAAGGAUCUGUGCUUCUACGAGAUGGUUUCAUUUGGCCUGGUCAUUCCUGAGAACUCGGCGCAUCGGGCUCCUUUACACGACUUUACCCUGUUACUAUGGCAGUCCGGGCUCCAUGAUUUUUGGGUGGCUAGGGGUUUCCACUAUAUGGUAAAGGCGGGUAAGAUUCACUUGGCGGAUACGAAGGAAAGUUAUCGGCCUGAAACCCUCAACAUCUCGGAUUUGAGACAUGUCCUAGUACUUUACUUUUCUGGGGUGCUAAUUAGCCUGGUUCUGUUUACCUGCGAGCUAUUUGUCAGCUGGGUAAGCUACUGGUUGGGCUUUUAA